AUGUUCUUCGGUGGAUUCCCAGGCAUGGAUGGCGGCCGCAAGGGCGGCGGGAAGGGUGGCAAGAAGGCGGACAGCAGCAAGUUCUACAAGCUGCUGGACGUGGAGAAGAACGCCUCCGAGUCCGACAUCAAGAAGGCCUACAGGAAGCUCGCGGUGAAGCACCACCCCGACAAGGGCGGUGACCCGGAGAUGUUCAAGGAGAUCACCCGUGCCUACGAGGUCCUCAGUGACCCUAAGAAGAGGGAUGCCUACGACCGCUUUGGGGAGGAGGGCCUGGAAGAGGGCGGCGGUGGAGAUGCGGAGGACAUCUUUUCGGCCUUCUUCGGCGGAGGCCGCGGGGGCCGGGGAGGGGGAGGGAGCAAGCGGCAGAAGACCAAGGACGUCGUCCAGCCUUUGAGGGUGACCUUGGAGGGCCUCUACUCCGGGCAGACGAAGAAGAUGGCUAUUACACGCCAGGUCGUCGACAAGGAGAAGGGUGUAAAGGACUGCCCGAAGUGUGACGGACGUGGGUUUCUGGUGGAGAUCAUCCGCAUGGGCCCAAUGAUCCAGCAGGUGCAGCAGCCCUGCGACAACUGCGGAGGAACCGGCAAGGUUUAUACCACGAAGAACGAGAGGGAAGUUCUCGAGGUGCACAUCCAGAAGGGUGCCGUUGACGGACACAAAAUUCCGUUUCGGGAGAUGGCCGACGAGCACCCGAAUGCCGACACGGGCGACGUGAUUUUCGUCUGCAAAGAGCAGGAGCAUGCGGUCUUCAAGCGCAAGGGCGCAGACUUGUUCAUGGAGAAGAAGAUCUCUUUGGUGGAGGCUCUCUGCGGCUUCGAAACAGACAUCACUCACCUUGACGGGCGAAAGUUGCUGGUGAAGACUGCCGCAGGUGAGAUCAUCAAGCCCAUGGAGGGAAACUUUGAUCCUCUUGCAGAGCAGGAGUCGAAGACCGAGUGGGAGGUCAUCGAGGACGCUGACUGUCCGUCUAUUGAUAAUGUCGCUCAGGCGGACACGACCGACGUUGACACCUUGAAGAAGGCCUGCGAGACGCAGCUCAAGCGAAAGGGCAUCGACGUGGGCGCCUUCGUCGUGGACGGAAGGCGGGCGUACUUCAAGCAGUGCACCCGUCAGGAGGCGAUGGCAGCCAAGAAGACGGCGAAGGGGAAGACCAUGUACGUGGCCGCAGAUCCCGACGCAAACAAGGGCUUCAGAAUGAUGAAGUGUCUGAAGGGUGAGGGGAUGCCCACAGUCAAGAACCCUUUUGUGCACGGCAACCUCUUCCUGAUCUUUACCAUCCAGUUCCCGGAGUCGCUAAGCCAGGAGACCCAGACUUCCCUACGGAAGCUUCUGCCGCCGGCCCUGAACAAGCCGAAGUUCAAGGAAGAUGACAAGGAGGUAGAGAUCCACACUUUGGUGGACUACGACCCCGUAGCUUCCUUCAACGAGAACAAGGUCAACAUGAAGGCUGGCGGGGAGGCUUAUGACGACGAGGAUGAUGACGACGAUCGCGGCGGCAUGCGGGGACCCGGUGGCCAGCAUGUGCAGUGCAACCAGCAGUGA